GAGGGACUCUGCAGAGGACCCGGGUGACCCAGGGCCAGCCUGCGGAUCCUGAUCAGUCUGACCAGAGGCGGAUUCUGACCACACCCCACACCCCUGCAGAAGGGUGUGGUUAGGGCUGGCGCAAGCCCGGGGUGGGCACUCAGCUCCCUUUAGAUCGCGACGCCGCCUUGUGGCUCAAACUGAGAAUGUCCUAGAGAUCCGCAGUAAGGGUUUCAGGGCCGUGCGUGCGCCGGUGGGGCAGGUACUCAGAACAAAGUGGCCGGUGGACAUAGACAGGGCGCGACCCUUGCAAGCUGCCCUAGCCCAUGGCAGAAGAGCCAGACCUCGGGGUGGCUGAGGGCUCAGAGGAGCAGGCCAUGGAGAUGCCGAGCUGGAAGGCUCCAGAGAACAUAGACCCCCAGCCAGGAAGUUAUGAGAUCCGACACUACGGACCAGCUAAGUGGGUCAGCACUUGCGUGGAGUCUCUGGACUGGGAUUCAGCCAUCCAAACUGGUUUCACAAAGUUGAAUGGCUACAUUCAAGGCAAAAAUGAGAAAGAGAUGAAAAUCAAACUGACAGCUCCGGUGAUGAGCUUCGUGGAGCCCGGCUCAGGUCCUUUUAGUGAGUCUACCAUUACCAUUUCCCUGUAUAUCCCCUCUGAGCAGCAACAUGAUCCACCCAGGCCUUCGGAGUCAGAUGUCUUCAUUGAAGAUAGAGGUGAAAUGACUGUGUUUGUGCGGUCUUUCGAUGGAUUCUCCAGUGGCCAAAAGAAUCAAGAGCAACUUUUGACCUUGGCAAACAUUCUGAGGGAAGAAGGAAAAGUCUUCAACGAGAAGGUCUUUUAUACUGCAGGCUACAGCAGUCCGUUCCGGUUACUUGACAGAAAUAACGAAGUAUGGCUGAUUCAGAGAAACGAGCCCUCCGAUGAAGACAAGUAAGGAAAGGAAGAUCACUGGCAGGGGCAGACCUUCUGCUGAGUGCAGACAUUGAUAGCGCUCCUAGGUGACGCAUGUCGUGUCCUUGGCUUGAGCUACCACUGUAUACCAUGCUUAUUCCCAGUGUGCCUUUGUAAGUAGCUUUAUUUAGAUACAGGGUAUAAACACAAACCCGGAAAUGAGUCAUAACUCAGGUGGCCUCUAUUUCCGAGAGGAUCCGAGACAAUGCGUGGCAUUUCCCUCUCAUUGGCCCUAGCACUGUUGUCUUGCCUCUCUACUUGGACUUAGGGCAUUUGAAUGCUCUCCCUUCCUUAUAAUAGCAGCGAAAAUGUUAAAAAUGUACUCUGUGUGGAAGUAAAAUUAUGUUGGCUACAAAAAUAACCUUACCGCCUCUCCUGUUGAAUUUUUCCAUUGGAUCCAUGUCUUCAUCCAACUGUUGCUCCCUGAACAAAGAAAGUUCUUACCUUAAUGCGCUGACAGAAUUUGGAGGCAGAAGAUAAGUUUGACAAGAUGAUGAGACUUCCUAUGCUACUUGACAAAACAAAAAACAAAAAAAAAAAAAAAACAAAAAACAAAACAAAACAAAAAAACCCACACAGAUACCUAAUUGUAACAUUCGCUUGAAUUUUUAAAGAACUGUAUAUAGUCUAGUCGUUCUAGAUGUAUGGAAACUCUUACGCUUUCCAAAAGUGGGUUGCUGCAAGAUCAAGGAGGUUAGAAAGCCUAGCCUCCUUGUAUUGUUUACUCUUAUUCUUCAGAAGAUCAAGUCACACUCAGAUCCCUGGCAGCUGUCAUAGAAAUGGCUCUCACUCUAAUUCAGACUCCCAGAACGCUGGCUCUGAGAGCAGAGAGUAGAGCAGGCUAGAUCUCAGGAACCUCGUGAUAAUUAAUGCCCCUCACAAGUGGCAUGGUUUCCACUUCGAUGUAUGCAGAGACCACACGGUUGCUUCUUGAGAAAUGACCAUGAAGUCAGCUGAGGGUACAAUAGAUUGCAUAAGGCUAAAUGAUACAUGAAAUCCCUCCAACUUCAAUGUGUCUUUGUAAAAUUAAACUCUCCAGACCAGUGGUUCUCAGUCUUCCUAAUGCUUUGAUACAGUUCCUCAUGUUGUGGUGACCCUCGGCCAUAAGAUUGUCUUUCUUCUGCUACUUCAUAACUGUAAUUUUUCUUCUCUUUUUGAGUUGCAGUAUAGAUAUCUGUGUUUUCCAAUGGUCUUAGGCAUCUCCUGUGAAAGGGUCAUUCAGCCCCAAAGGGCUCAUGACCCACAGGUUGAGAACCACUGCUCUAGCCACAUCUGUCCCCAUAGUUGAAGACUGUCCUGAGUAUUUCACCUGGAUCUUCAGUCAAGCUUCAGAAUAAUCCACAGCUGAGCACCACUGUUUUGUAGAGGAAGAAACUGGGGCAUGGGGUUCUCGGGCAACUUUUGCCCCAGACAAAACUGUAAGGGCAGAGGCUGACCUGGUUUUUCCAUUCAUUCCACUCUGACUAUGGUAAUAAGCACAGAAACCUUUAAGAUGGUCAGUUUUGAUACAGAACAAGCUAUAUUUCUGGUUCUGAAAUUGUUGCAGAUAUAAGAAUCUUUAAUUCUCAGCAUUACUUGCUUGAGUUGCAUGUUAAUUUUUUUACUUUUAUAGCAU